GCGGUUCUUUUAAAAACAGAAUUAACAUUUACAACCUGAUGUUAAAAAAGUUAAAAAAACUGUUAGAUCUAGAUUGAACUAAAACCCGGAGUAUUUACUAUUUAGAUCUUUAUUGCUACAAUGGAACAAGAACAGGUCCUAAGUGAACAAUUGAUUAGCUCUAUAAUUGGUGACCUGCAACUGCCCUUCUGCAAUGAUUCUAAUGUAAGCAAACAUAAACUGGAUACCACAACAGACCUUGAAAGGGAGGCCAGUAGAAAAUCGAAGAAGAAACGACGUUCCAGUUUAUCAAAUCACCGGAGAUCUAUCACCGGUUUUAUAUCUACAAAAGUAAAUCUAGAGACAGAACCUUCAAGCCAAGGGAGCUCAGAGAAUGAGGGUAGUCAGCAGAGUCAAUCUUCUGAGUCUGAUAAGAGGUUACCUGGAAGCUCUGUUGACAGCCCUUUAGAUAUCACAAUAUCCAAGUUGGAAGCUGACAUAGCCAAAUUUGAAAAUGAAUGCAAAGAAUGGGACAAGCUCUUCUCUGACUAUAAACAAAAGGAAAGUGAAACCAAAACAAUGUGUUCAGAUCUGACCCUGUCUAUGGAGAAUGUACCAGCUAAUUUAAAAGAACUAGGAACCUCCGAGUACAUCAAAUGCCAGCCUUUAGAUUUGCUGCAAACUAAACAGACGUUGGACAAACUUUUCCUAGAUUUUGAAUUUAAUCGCUCCUCUUGCAUAAAAGAUGUCAGGCUUAUUAAAGAAACAGCUGAGUGUCUACAUAGUUCCUUCAAACACAUGUCCGGCAAGCUGUCCGAAGGUUCAAAAAAUUGGAUAGAUGAUUUUCCUGAAAGCAUGAAAUAAAUUUUUUUACACUA